UAAGCAUUUAAAAAACUUAUUAGUUAACAUGAACCACAUAAACUAUCACAGUUACAGUCCUCACUUCUUCAAGAAAUCAAAAGAAACAGAUGUCACGUUAAAAUCAGGCAAGAUAAAUAGGUUCAGUUCGCAGUUUUAUAGUGAUAUUCCAAGAACCUCGAUAUAUGUGAGUCAAGAUUUAUACUUCCUACAUUAUAAUUCAAAAGAUGUGGAAAUUAUUGAGAAUGUAAGAAGGGGAAUAAUUCAAGGAUUGAAGACUCUUAGAAAAAGGUGCGAAACUGGACCCUUUUCAACAGGCAAUCAUGUGUUAAAAAAUACAUCAGAUUUACUCACCAAAAAGUCUAAAACUCGAAGAAAUUCACGAAGGAGUUCUUCUGGUCAUUUUAAAAAUCAGAGAAACAGUACUAGUGCGCGUGACAAAUGUUUGUCAAUGGAAGAGAAGUCAACCUGUUCUAAGUCUCCAAUAACAUCCUAAUUAAAAAAGUCUAGUUACUCUCACUGUUAUUGUGUUGAAUAAAU